AUGAAGAUGAAGGAUGGUGAUUAUAUAUACAAAUGUCCCUAUUUUAAUAGUCAAGCGCAGAUUGUGAUGAACCCAAAUGAUUUUUUAUCAAGUUUAGAAUUUGCACAACAACACAUAAUGAAUAAAAUUGGUGUCUGGUUAUCUGAGGGUAGUGGAUGGACUAUUUGUAGCAUUGAUGAGCAUUAUUUAAAUACAGUUGUGUAUGAGCCAAUGAAAGGUAAUUCUUAUAUUCCUCUACCGGUUAAAUUACAGAACUCCGCAAAGGGAUUAAUUAAUAUUAAAAAUAAGGAUAAUGAAUGUUUUCGUUGGUGUCAUAUCCGAUAUCUAAACCCACAAAAUAAAGAUCCCCAACGAGUAAAGAUAAUUGACAAAGAGAUGGUUCCCAAAUUAAAUUACCAAGGAGUUGAGUUUCCAGUUAAUGUUAAACAUUACAGCAAAAUAGAAGAGCAAAAUAGUAUCAAUAUUAAUGUGUUUGGUUAA